CUGUGAUACAAGAAAUGACGCUCAAAGUGCUUUACAUACACUAUAGAUACAAAUAAAAAUGUGAAUACAAAAUAAAACAUAAGAACAUGUUAGAUAGAUGGAUGGAUAUAUUAUUAUAGAUGUAUUUGUCAGGGACAUUGAUACACAUGAAUAAUGGGGGGGUGGGGGUAAUGUAAUCACCUCUUGUGAAUAUGUAUUGUUGUUUUUAUGUCGACAAACCAUCUGAUCGAAGGAGAAGUCAAGCCACAUAUAAUCAUGAUUUCCCCCACUCAGCAAGUUAUAUUUACUUAUUACUGGACAAUAAUGAAAAUGAACAGAUCUCUGGUCAAGUACUUUAAGUGUUUGUUUAUAAAGCAGCUGCGGCAACAAAGUUUCAUAACCAGCAAUUAGUCUAUGAUAGUGUGAUUGCAAACUGAUAAUGGAGUUAUGACAGUUCACUUAAGCAUAAUAUAAACUGAAAUAAUAAGCGCUUCAAUUUCUUCAGUUGAUGUUGAACUUACAUCAAGCAUUUGCUUAAACACAUAUGAAUAGGUUGAUAGUUUGGGAAAUUACAUUUCUGAUUGACCUCAGUACUUUCAGCAGCAUUUAGAAAUGCAUUAAGGACUGUCAGGACUUAUACAGCAUAUUUAAAAUUUAAAAGCGAGACUGUGGUAGAGAAGAGUCUUAAAAUCAGUGUCCUGUCUCAGAUUACCUAAUAUUCAGUGCCAUAAACUGUUGCUUAUUCCAGAACAUUGUGGCAGUGAAACAAGUGAAGCACUUCAUUAACCAAAGUUUUAUUGCUUAAAGUAAAACAUGAAUAGCUUCUCUUUAAAUGUGAUCACCAGUGGUACAAUAUACAUGCAUUAACUUGUGAUUUUUAGAAGUUCACACAAUAUUUGUCAUUUGACAAUAAUCAGGUACAGUUCAGGUUUCCUGAUCUGAGAUAAAUCGGUUCCAACACCUACUGUAAAUACUUUAAUUACAGGAAAACCUGCGCAAGUUGUCACGUGAUCCGUCCCACCCUCUGUGUCCACAGCAAGCGUGUAUUAAUGUUUCGUUUCACGGAAUGAAGCAACAAAAGAACUCAUACCGACAAGGUAGAUUAUGUAAUUGUGUCUUUCCGGUAUAACUAUGUUGGCUCAGAGUCACUGGGGUGGAGCCUGUCACAAGUUUCAAGCAAAGAGAAAGCAAACAGCUGCAUGCUGAGGAGUUUCCCUUUGUGACUGCACACAGCUGCCUACCACGGGGAAAAGAUACUGAUCGACUGAAAUGGCUCCUGAACUCCCAGAGUCCAACAAGAAACAGUCCACAGCAGCUUUUCUCACGAGAGCUCAGAGUUAAAUCUCUGGUUGAUCUUGCAUAGUGACAGCGAAAUGCUUGACUCAGACAGUCAGUACACGCGACUGCGAUGGCUACUAACCAUUGUUGGACUUGUCCUCUAUGUGGUGGACAUUGGGACAGACGUGGGAAUGGCUCUGAGACAUUUUGGUGAGAAACAAUAUGUCUGGGCUGGACUGACUCUCCUGUUUGUUCUGGCUGGACUGCUGGUGAGCCAGAUCUUCAGCUUUGCCUGGUACAGGGACGACAUGAAGGACGGGCUGACAAACCCAGACGGCAGAGGAACCGUGGCAGGCAUGUCAACUGGUGAACUUGUUGUCCUGCACAUAUUUGGCAUGGGAGUUGUCUCCAGGUAUUACCACCUGCUGAAAAAGGGAUUUAAAGUAGUUUGGAUGACGCCAAAGUGCAGCACGGUGGAGGAGAGGAGGGAGGAGCACCACUCUCUGUUUUGCAUGGCUGCUGAUCUGAGCAUGCUCAAACUGUUUGAGGCUUUCCUGGAGAGUGCCCCCCAGCUCAUUCUACAACUCUACAUACUGCUGGAUCACUGUAAAGGCUCUGUUAUGCAGUAUUUAUGUAUCGUCUUUUCCUUCUUCAAUAUCGCCUGGGCCCUGGUGGACUAUCGCCGCUGCCUGCGCAGAUCCCUCCCCCUUAUCAGGGAGAUGCCCUCAGGCCUCCCCACAGCAAUCUACCUCCUGUACAAACUUUGCACCAUCACCAGCCACAUCCUCAGCUACAGCCUCCUCCUCUUACUGAGCUCUUACAGCACCGUGGCCCUCAUCCUCCUCUGGCUGCUCAUGACAACCUUCACACACCUGCUUCACACCAACUUCUGCUCAUCCAAAGGCCUCGAGCUCCUCUACCAGGCCGUCGUGGGAGUCAUCCUCACCUUCACCUUUUUCAACGUCAAAGGACAGGACACAAAAGUGCUCAUGACCAUCUACUACAUUUUCCACGUUCUCAUAAACGUUACGGCUCCGGUCUUGCUGGCUCUGUUGAAGCCAGAACAGCAGACUGGCCCGUUUCUGCUGCCAGUCGGUUGUUUGAUCGUUGUAGGGUCAGUGCUGGGCCUGGGGAGCCUCAUACUGUACUACGCCUACCUGCAUCCCAGGGGGAAGUGGCGCGAGGCAGAUGAGGUGGACGGUCUGGGGAACGAAACUGAGAGCAUGAGAAGAAUGAGGAACUUUUUACAUCCCUGAAAAAGUACUUUCAUUCAAAGUUGUACAGAGGAGAGAUAUGCACUUACUAUAAAUCUGAACCUCUGACAGAAAGGAAAUAGAAUAUCAUCUCCAUAUUGUGCUUAUAUUUAUUAAAUAUUCACAUAGUCAACACUUAUCCUCGCCCACCAUUAUCCACUCUGGGAUUUAGUUAGCGUUUUUAUUACCAGUACAAAAAGCUAGCCAUUUAUUUAAGUUAUUAGUAUUUAAUAGUUAAUUGUUGUAAUUAAUAUAUAGAGAGUUUUAUUUAGUCCUGCUUGCAUAAAAUAUAUGUCAACAACAUUUUUUUGGGGCGACUGGAAUAGUCACCUUAUAUUAUACUUAAAUAUAUUACGUGUCAAUGUGACACAAACAUUUCAUUGAUAUAAGAUUGGAAGCAAAAAAAA